GUGUGAGAGAGAGAGAGAGUGUAUGGGUGUGUGUCAUGUAAGAGACUGAGAGGAGAGUUCGUGAGUGAGUGCUGGGUGUUUGGGAGCCGAGACAAACGAUGAUGGGUUGACCUCUGGAAAGCGUCUCACCUUUUUCUAAAAAAAGAAAAUAAAAGAAGAAGAAGCAGCAGCUCUGGAGAACAUGGAAGCCCAACAGGUCCUCCAUUUUGUGCCAUCUGACACCUCGUCCACCGGGAGGUCCAAGAAUGGAUAUGUGUUCCAGGAGAUGGAGCUGCAGGACGGAGAACAGGAGGAUUGUGGGAAAGGUUCACCGGUCGCCAACAAGGAGCGCAUCUACGACAGUCAGAUCCAGAUCAGUGCUUCAGAUCCCGACUGCUCCGGGUUUGGACUUUUAAACACAACAAGAAAAUAUGUGAAGCCGAUGAACUUCCAGGAGGAAGUGCGUGCCCACAGAGACCUGGACGGCUUCCUGGCCCAGGCGAGCAUCCUCUUGGAUGAGAAAGCUGCCACUCUGGACGACGUCCUGAGGCGAAUGCUGACUCACGUGGUGGAGGACGGCCACGGGAGCUGCGACGCAGACGAGGUCAUGAACUCGCUGUUCACGGACGCGGGAGGGAAAGAGUUCAACGUUCACCUCCUGUCAGAGACCAUCCAGGGCGUGACCGCCACCUCCACUGGCAUUCGUUACCAGCAGUCCUGGCUUUGUAUUCUCUCCAACGUGAGGAGCCUGCAGAGACGCCAUGUGUGCAUCGCCCGCCUGGAGAGGCCGCAGAACUGGGGAGUCAACUGCUGCGAGGCUCGAUACGUCAUCCUCAUCCUCGCGCCGCCGAGAACCAAAAGCACCAAGACGGCCAUUGAACUGGGCCGAACCUUCGCUACGAUGUUCUCCGACAUCUCCUUCAGGCAGAAACUCCUGGAGGCGAAGAGCGAGGAGGAGUUCAAGCAGGAGCUAGUCUGCCAGCGUCAGCAGCUCUCCAUCGCCAACGAGAAGCAGGACGAGGAGGAGGUGGACAACUCGGAUCCACGUAAAGGGAAAGCGCUUCAGUGCAAAGAUUUCCUGAAAGCCGGUAAAGGAGUUUAUGACGACCUCCGCCGCAGACUCCCCCUCUACCCCUCAGACUUCACAGACGGUAUAACUGGGAAGGACCGCUGCCUGCUGAAGUACACCACCACCGCUAUUUUCCUCUACAUCGCCAUCCUGCUGCCCGCCAUCGCCUUCGGCUCACUGAACGACGAAAGCACGAGAGGAGAGAUCGAUGUUCAGAAGACCAUCGUGGGCCAGAGCAUCGGAGGAGUCAUAUAUAGUUUGUUUGCCGGCUCGCCACUCGUCAUCCCGCUGACCACGGCGCCGCUGGCCAUCUUCAUCAGCGUCAUCAGAGGCAUCUGUGACGACUACGACCUCGACUUCGACGCCUUCUACGCCUGCAUCGGUUUGUGGAACAGCCUGUUCCUCAUCCUCGGAGGCUUGUUCAACGUCAGCCUGCUGAUGAAACUCUUCAAACGCUCCACAGAAGAAGUCAUUGCAUUGUUCAUCUCUAUAGCAUUUGUCGGGGACGCGGUGAAAGGCACCAUCAAAAUUUUUCAGCACUACUACCACGCGCCCACGUUUGCGACCACGAACAGCACGGCGCUGCUUCUGCAGAUUAAUGAGAUUCUCGAGAAGGCCAAUAACCAGACGGGAACCUCGCCUGGGAAUCAUAACGGAACCGUGUCACCGCCGGAACACGCGUUAAUCUCCCUGCCCGAGUCUCUGGUGCUGUGUACCAGAGAAAGGCCCGUCCUGUGUCUGCUGCUCAUGCUGGGGACUCUGUGGCUGGGUUAUGCCCUCUACCUCAUCAAGAGGAGCCCGUAUCUGAAUGCCAAAAUCAGAGAAGUGGUGUCUGACUGCGCUCUGCCGAUCUCCGUGGUGAUAUUCUCCUUCAUCGGCUCCUACCUUUUCAUUGACAUACAGCUUCCUCAAUUCAGCGUCCACGAUGGCCCAAUCUUCAACUUCCCUCCGUUUGACAAGCUGUCGAGUAUGAACACGCUGAGCGCGUUCGGGCUGGGUUUCCUCCUCGCGUUGCUCAUCUUUAUCGACCAGAACAUCGUCAUCUCGCUCACACAUGUACCGGAACACAAGUUGCUAAAAGGCACGGCGUUCCACUGGGACUUAAUGCUGACUGGCUUCAUCAACAUCCUCAUGUCCUGUCUGGGCCUGCCAUGGAUGCACGCCGCCUUCCCACACUCCUCCCUGCACGCCCGUCAGCUGGCCAAGGUGGAACAGCACGUAGAGAACGGACACCUCUACUCGACCAUCGUCAGUGUGAAGGAGACGCGCCUGACCUCGCUGGCGGCCAACAUCCUGAUCGGUCUGUCUGCGUUCAUGCUGCCCAUUCCUCUGCAGUGGAUCCCCAAGCCCGUCCUCUACGGCCUCUUCCUCUACAUCGCGGCCACUUCACUCGAUGGGAACCAGAUGGUGGACCGCAUGGCCCUGCUGCUUAAGGAGCAGACCUCCUACCCUCCCACCCACUACGUCCGCCGCGUGCCUCAGAGGAAGGUCCACUACUUCACAGCGCUGCAGAUGAUCCAGCUGAUCAUCCUGUGUGCGUUCGGGAUGUAUCCUCUGCCCUACAUGAAGAUGGUCUUCCCUCUGCUGAUGAUCCUGCUGGUCCCUGUCAGGACGAGCCUCCUUCCCAGAGUAAUCGAAGCCAAGUACCUGGACAUCAUGGACGCCCAGCACAUGUAGAACAACCGAGCGACUUCAGGAAAACAUUCGUGUUCUUCAGCUGGAAGGGAAACAGACUCAGAAUACAAACUAAAUGAAAUGCAUUUGGGCUGCAAGACGUCGAUGUGAGCGCUCUGCUGGUGACUCGAACACCCAUUUACACCCCGUAGUUGCUUUCUCAAUGCUCAACACACAUUUACUAUCAAGCGUAGCUGUCUUUAAGAUGUGUCUGACGAUACAGACACGAAGGAGUUUCAUCUGUUGUACUGCCUUUUUCUUCAUACUCACACACUCAAACACACAGCCACAUCUGUCUUGAGCUUGUUGGUGACAUUUUGUUUGUGAUAUUUAAAAGAAAAUGUUAAUCAUUUCAUGUAAUUGAGGCUUCGUGUUGCUUAAUAGAGAGCCACCUAGUCUGUGUCUGUGAGGUAACGGUGUGCUGUGGAUGAGGCGUUGAGGAGGAUCUCAGUGUUUUACAACCGUGAAAAAAUGACUUUAUCUGAGCGAGGAGGAAUUUCUCAGCAGAGGGGAAAUGUCACAAGAUGUUCGAGCUGUUCAGAAGUGAAAUAAAUGUUAUUUUUGUCACAAUAAUGUUGAUAGUUUUAAAGGUAAUUGUCUUUGUGCAUUGCAAUGUUGGUAUUAAAUCAAACUGUUACACAAUUAAAGCCCUUUAAAGGAU